CUCCCUGCACCCUGUUACCAAUUACAGGUGAACCAGGGGAACAUGCCGGGGAUAGAGAGCACCUACCUGGCUAUGGACACGGAGGAGGGGGUGGAAGUCGUGUGGAACGAGCUGCAGUUCUCUGACAAGAAGAUCUUUAAAGCCCACGAGGAGAAGAUCAAGAACCUGUUCCAGAACCUCAUGGUUAUAGAUCAUCCCAAUGUGGUGAAGUUCCACAAGUACUGGCCCGAUGUGCAGGAAACCUCCGCUCGGCUGGUGUUUAUAACAGAAUACGUCUCGUCGGGGAGCCUCAGGCAGUUCCUCAAAAAAACUAAAAAGAACCGCAAAACAAUGAACUCGAGGGCCUGGAAACGGUGGUGCACCCAGAUUCUCUCUGCACUAAGUUACCUGCACUGCUGUGACCCCCCCAUUAUUCACGGGAACCUAACGAGUGACACCAUCUUCAUUCAGCACAACGGCCUCAUCAAGAUCGGUUCCGUCUGGCACAGAGUGUUCGCUCACGAGCUGCCGGUCCCCGAUGACCUGAGGACUCCGCUGAAGAUACAGAGAGAGGAGCAUCGGACGCUGCACUUCUUCCCUCCUGAGUUUGGCUAUCUGGAAGAUGGCACAGCCAUGGACAUUUAUUCCUUUGGCAUGUGUGCCCUGGAGAUGGCUGUGCUGGAGAUUCAGUCUAAUGGAGAGAAGGUGUCGGAGGACAAUAUAAUUCGGGCCGUGCACUCGCUGGAGGAUCUAAAUAUGAAGGAUUUCAUCGAGCAGUGCCUCUCAGUUGCCCCAGAGAAGCGUCCCUCUGCGCAUAACUUGCUAUUUCAUCGUGUCCUUUUUGAGGUUCAUUCUUUGAAAUUAUUGGCGGCACAUUGUUUCCUCAAUACCCCGUACAUUGCGCAGGACACGUUGCUGGAGGAGAAGACAAAACGUAUUGAUGCGCUGGGGGUGUUUGCCUCGGUACCACGGAAGGCCCACGCCCGGAUCAUCUGGAGGUAUUCCCAGGUGUCCUCCAUGGAGCUGGACAAGUUUUUGGAAGACAUCAGGAAUGGACUCUUCCCAUUAAUGAACUUCACAGAUUGUCGCCCUCAGAUUUUUCCCCGGGGGCUGCCACAGUCCCAGGAAGAUUUACAUGUGACAAAGACACCCACUCCUGAGCCAAUGGAAGUGGAGACCAGAAAGAUCAUUCAGAUGAACUGCAAUCUGGAGCGCAAGGAGGACAGGGCUCGCUGGCACCUCACUUUGUACCUAAAGCUGGAGGACAAGAUGCACCGACACCUGAGCUGCGAUCUCCUGCCCGAUGAGAGUUGUGAGAGCCUGGCAUCGGAGCUGGUGCAAUAUGGCUUUAUCAGUCAGGAGGAUCGCCAGAAGAUGGCCCUGUUCCUGGAAGAGGCUUUUCACAAACAAGGGGCAUCUUUGCACUGACUGGGAAUGGAGCGGCCUUGCCCCUUGGCAGGGCACAAAUGCACAGAUCAGGGAUUGCCAAGCUGCUUGGGCCAUGACAAGAGAGGAAUGGCUAGUGUAUAUCCUCAGCCGAGCUACAAGAUUGUGCCAACAAGGUGGCACGCACAGCUAGCACUGUCUUUGUACUAUUGGGCCACCAACAUAUGGCUACAGUGGCCUCCCAUGGGCCUCCAUGUAUGAACAGGAAGUGACACAGAAAGGGGUGGGUGUGGCCAUGGAAAUGUGUUAAAAAACCACGUGGCUAAACCUGCACUGAACUCUAUAUACACAGAGAGGGACAGAGGGUGCGAGGGCAUUGGGGUUACACGGGGGGGGUGUAGUAAUGGGGGUCUAUAGGAAUGGGAUUAUACAGUGUGUUGUAUCGCUUCUUACUGAAACGGGGUGUGUACCCCCCAAAAAGCCCAACAUGCUGAGGAGGAACAUGCUGCAAAUGCUCUGCUUGUGGUUCUUAUGUUUAUUCCAAUAUUAGCCAAUCAGAUUCAACCUGCAAAUACACCUAUAAUAUGUAGAGACUGCCCCAUGAUGUUCCUAGCCACGCCCCUGGGUAUUUAUUAUACUCACUAGGAAUCACAGGCCCCGCCCCUAGUGACUGAGCCGGAUGUGCUGAGUAUUUUUGUGUUUAAUACUUUACAGCUAAAUGAAACCCUCACACUGUCUCCUUA